UGUAUGUAUGAGCCGCGCGCACACGCACUCACGCACACACCCCUCCCGCCGCCACACACACACGAACACACACACGCGCACGCACGGCGGUUACCUCAGAGCUAACAUAGACCCCGUUACGCUUAAUGUAGGCCAGUCAGAGUUCUAACUUUCACUCUUGUUGGCGGCGCGGAGCUAGGCGGGCCCUCAGUCAUCGCUUGGGAGCCAACAGUGUGUGUUGCUCACCGCCAUGUGCGCUGUGUCACUCGUGUGCUCUCGCUGUGAUUACUAUACUACAUCUUACCAGUGAACCAGUGAUACCGGUCAUACUCAUACAGUGGCUCAGAUACCUCAGUGUUAAGAAUUAUUAUUUAUUAAGAGUGGUUGUGCGAUAAUGCUCUCUGAGAUGGAGCUACCAAUUUCAGUGCAAAACUUUAACUUGUCCCCCCAGUUCGGGCAGUUAACAAUCUCUGCUGCCCCCAUGACAGUAGACAUGAGUGGUUCGGGUGUGGGUAUUGCCACAAGUGCCUUGUCACCCACGUACACACACAUUAGUACGGGGGGUAUUGCCAACUCAACCGUCUCUACCAACACCGUUACCAGUAAUGUUACCAGUAACAACAAUAACAACAACUUGUUGACCCCGACUCUAAUGGACUCUGGUUUGUUCCCCGGUGUAGCCACCACCACCCUGGACUACACGUCGUUGGCCGAGCUCCCAGACACCAAGGAAGGCAUCGAGGAGCUGUGUCCUGUGUGCGGGGACAAGGUGUCAGGCUACCACUACGGCCUGCUCACCUGCGAGUCCUGUAAGGGCUUCUUCAAGAGGACGGUGCAGAACAAGAAGGUGUACACCUGCGUGGCGGACCGCUCCUGCCAGAUCGACAAGACGCAGAGGAAGCGGUGUCCGUACUGCCGCUUCCAGAAAUGCCUCGAAGUCGGCAUGAAGCUCGAAGCCGUGCGCGCCGACCGAAUGCGAGGCGGCAGAAACAAAUUCGGUCCCAUGUACAAACGCGACCGAGCACGGAAGCUGCAGAUGCUCCGGCAGAGGCAGCUGUCGCACCCGGGCAUCCUCUCGGGCGGGGCUAGACACACCAGCUCGGGCGUGGCCAUCACGUACUCCGCGCCAGGCUACUCCUCGGCGCCCUCCUCGCACGUCCACAUCAAGGAGGAGAUCCAAAGUCCCUUCCUCUCCUCGUCCACAUCCUCGCCAGACUCCUCGCCUUCGCCAAUGGCCGGCCUGGGCGGCCUCGUGGCAGCUUCGGCCGGCGUCGGUGGCAUCGUUGCCUCAGGCCCCGUGGCGCCCAUCCUCGCAGGACCCGAUCCGUCCCUCUGGGUGACCAACGCCCAGUCCACCGCGGGCGGAGUGACCACGGGGACACCGCCCGCGGGUGGCGUGGGCGGCGGAGGAGGAGGCGGAGGCGGCGGCGGGCGCACAGCUACGGGCGGCCCUCGAAUCCCGCACAUCAUCCGCGAGCUUGUGGAGACCGUGGACGACCAGGAGUGGCAGGCGUCGCUCUUCUCGCUCCUGCAGAACCAGACGUACAACCAGUGCGAGGUCGACCUGUUCGAGCUCAUGUGCAAAGUCCUCGACCAGAAUCUGUUCGCGCAGGUCGACUGGGCGCGCAACUCGUGCUUCUUCAAGGAUUUGAAGGUUGACGAUCAGAUGAAGCUACUACAGCAUUCUUGGUCUGAUUUACUUAUCUUAGACCAUCUACAUCAACGCAUACACAACAGGCUGCAGGAUGAAACUACACUUCCCAAUGGACAGAAGUUCGACCUGCUGUCUCUGGCGCUUUUGGGAACGACUCAGUUUGCAGAUCGUUUUCAUGCUAUUCUCAAUAAGCUUGUGGACCUCAAAUUUGAUAUCUCGGACUUUGUCUGUAUCAAAUUUAUCAUUCUACUAAAUCCUGAUUGCAUUGCAGAUGUACGGUUGCUUAGUGACCGUAGAUCGGUUACAGCUGCUCACGACCAGGUGCGACAGGCAUUGAUGGAAUAUACGGCCAACGUGUACCCAGAUGACACGGAGAAAUACCAGAAGCUCAUGGACCUUCUACCUGAAUUGCACUUCCUUGCUGAAAACGGCGAAAAAUUCCUGUAUUACAAGCAUAUAAAUGGAGCAGCACCCACACAGACAUUGCUAAUGGAGAUGCUGCACACCAAAAGGAAAUAAGAGGAAGUGGUAACUCCCUGCUUUCAACCGUCCAGUGCGCCACAUGUGUAUAUAAAGGGUGGACAUGUAAGUCUCGAGUCAUCACAUCAGGCCAGAAGGAGGGUCUCCACCAUGACCAACACACCAUACAAGGCAACGUCCUGGAACGACCAUCAUGGGAUUCUCAGCUGUGUUUCCACCAGUCUAUAUAGUACAUGGAAGCGGAGCCCUGUUGACACUGCCCAGCCCACAGAAGCCAGCCUCGGGUCAGCUCAAGCAGUGAAUCAAUCAGUAAUUAAAAGUUAAUGAGGAAGGAGUAAAAAGGAAAAAAAAAUAAAAAGGAAAAAAAAAAUAAAUAAAUAAAUUUUUUUUUAUAGAGGAUAUAUACUUACACAUUCUCAUUCUGUACUUUAAAUUACUGAGUGUAAAGCUAAAUGAGACCUACUCUGACCCUAUACCACUACGGUCACAAACAUCCGUUUGGUGAAGUGCUGUGCUAGUCAUACCCUUUUAAAGGGCAGUAUUGUCAUUCCUGAGCCUGAGACCUUACUGUGUAAUUUAUGGUGCUAAGCCUUCCUGGGGAAGCCAUGAGGUACAAACAGCCCAAAGAACUCUUUUGAGGCAAGUGGUUAGUGGUGAGUGCUAAAUGGUCCCUGUCAGUUGUUACCAGAAGCACCAUGGUGCAAUCAGGACUAAUAUUAGGAAGUUGAGGCUCCAAGUGUUGAUCAGUCAGUGGUGCGCUACUCUCACUGAACGAUAUUAUCCCUUACACAUCCUCUUUCUAAGGCGCAUCAUACCUCAUUCUCACUUUUUCUUAUGGUGGCGGUCUCCUCACUCACUUUGGUACAAAGCUCUCACUUGUCAAUAUGUUUCACGACUAUAUAACUAUUUAUUUCUAAAUAUAAUUGUAAAACCUGGGCACAUGUCCAAAAAGCUGUUUGCCCAGAUAUAAAUGAUAUCUUCAUAAUGCAUAACACAUAGUGUAAGUGUUGUGAAAUAGUUUUUGAUACUGUUGUUUUGUACAAGAGAUUAUAGUAGCAAAAUAAUGUAUACUUGCAUGAGCAAGCAUCUUUACCCAGAUAUUGCUGCCACUUGUCCAGGAUAUGUGUUCAUGCGAGGUAGGCAGGCUGGCUGCUCUACUUGUGUAUGUCUGUCACUUAGAAUAUAAUGAUUUGUAGUUUGUUAAUUAAGAAGCAGAAGCAUAAAAUUCUAGUGCCUCAACUAAGUUAACCUAGCAUGUACAAAACACAGACAUUACUGCAGUUGUGGCACAUGAACCAGCACAGACAGGAGGCAUAUGUAUGUUUGUAUUAUUGGUUACAUGCAUUUCUAUUACUUUUAAUGACAAAUUCAUGUACUGUACACUCUCAUGGUUUUAUUACUUGGACCAUAGAAGGCAUAUUGUUUGGCUUUGUAUUUCUUUUACAAAGAAAUUUUGCCGGUAUUUUAUGCCCCCUUGGUAAAGAAAAAAAAAAUUAUUAGACGGAAAAGUAGUUCUGAAUGAUAUUUAGAAUACGAGAGAGCAAUUUGCAAUACAAGUUAAAACUACUCUUUCUUUUAAUCAUUUUGCCUGGCAAUGAGAAGCAAUACCUCUUUUCUGCUUUUUUUUUUUAGUUUUUAAUUGAUCUAUUUAGUUUAAGCAUUGAAUUAAGAUUUGGAACAUUCCAAUUCAAGGGAUUCGUGGGCAUUCUUCACUUAGAUUAUGCAUUCCCCUGGUGGUCUAUUAGCGUAAUCACGGUCGUCAUCCAUCAUUAGAAUCAUCACUAUCGCUGCUGCACAUUCCGCAUAGCUAAUUAUCAUUUUUUCUCUCUUUUUUGUUUUUUUUCUCUCUUUUUGUAAUAUUUUUUGCUGCUAAAACAUUGCAUUUCUUUUCUUGUGUCUUCUUGGUUCUCCUUAAUAUUUCUGUCUUGGCCACAUUUUGUAUAGUUUUCUUGUAGAUGUGUAAGUUUACUUUUAUAUUUUCUUCUCUUAUUGCUCCUCAUUGCAGGACUUAAAAUUUUAAAACUCCUUUAAUAUUUUUAAUUUAUUUAACGUGAAGGAAAGAACAAACAUUGAUAUGAUAAAGUGUGCAACGGCAGCAGCUAACAGUACCCUGCCACUUUUAACAUUAAUGCUGUAUUUCCUGUCUCUCACCUACUUACAAAGUGCACAUCUCUUUGUUUAUUAUUGUUAUUAUAAUUAUCAUUAUUAUAAUUAUCAUCUUUAUGACUAUUUUAGAAAAUUAUAUAAAAAAAAUCUGUGCUUUUUCAAAAAGCAGUACCAGUGAAAAAUUUAAGGCAUUGAGCCUUAGCAAAAAACAAAUUAUUUUUGUACCAAUUGAAAAUUUUAUCCCUAAAAUCUACUAUAGCUGUUUACUAUGUAAUUCAAACACAGUCUGACUUAGAUCUAUCAGGAUAUGGUGUACAGCUGUUGAAUUCUAAGAGAGAUUUAUUUUUGGAACCAAUUUUUUUCAGCACAAGUAAGGUGUUGGGAUGAAUCUAAGUCACACUGUGCUGACUCUCUAAUUCAUUAUAUUAGAAACCGCUGAUUCUGAGCAAUAGAUGUGAAUCAAGUAUGCCGGCGCAUAUUCCAUUCUAAAUGGAAUAUGGGCAUAAUUGAGUUCAUGGUUUAUGGCUCAUGAUCACUGUUUUCUUUGUAUUUUUUACUGGUUUACAUAGUUCUUUCUUCACUCUAAAAAUGAUUUGUUCAAUGUCACUUCCUUUCUGAUGUUGUUUCUAGGAAAAGAAUGUGCUUAAAAUCAUGUAUUUACUUUUUUUCAAAUGGCAUUGAGCUACUUGACUUCUAAACACUGAAAAAAAAAAAAAAUUGUACAUAUUUCUCUCACGUCCUGUAAAGAAAUAAACAAGUGUUCUUUGUAAAAAUCGUAUACUUGUUUAUUGUAAAAACUGUACUCUAAGAAGAAUAUAUUUUGAUCUUCAUCUGGUGAUUCCCGCAUUGUUUUUUUCCUGUGAAGGGAGCAUUACUAGACGUGCUUUUGAACUUUUUCUUCAAUUAUUUUCCACACCAGUGCCUAUUGAUACCUUUUUUUUUCCUUAAUUGGGGAAUCAUCACCUGAAGAUUAUGUUUUAUAUGAGACAACCCCAAACAUGGAGUAGCCCUGGGAUUGGUAGGUUCUCUAAUUAGAUUCUAUUAUUAAUGCAAAUAAUGAGAAUGGGAUUAAUAAAGUGUUUUAUUUAGAAAAAAAA